AAAUAAAAAAUUAAAUAAGAUUUCAAUUGUAUUUAUUUAAGAAAAAGACUGGAACAUGCGUCGGCCUGGGUUAUAAAACUGGUUUGGGAAACUGAGGACGAAUGGUCAAAUGAUUUGUUUGGUACUGUCACCUCACAAACCAUUAUUCAAGAUUUAAACCCAACCCAACCCACCACUCUUCUACUUCUCCUCUUCUUCUUAACUUUUUUUGGUUCUCUCAAUUCACCAACCUGUAACCUUCUCUCUCCCUCUCUGCAAUUCUUAUUGCACCACCUCUGUUCUCAUUUUUAUCUUCAUUAUGGCUACGGAUCCCACCUCAGCUACAAAUGGAGUAUCAGAAAAUAACAAUUCACUUGUUGUUUGCUUUGGUGAACUAUUGAUUGACUUUGUGCCAAUGGUUGCUGGAGUUUCACUUGCUGAAGCACCUGCUUUCAAGAAAGCUCCAGGCGGUGCUCCUGCAAAUGUGGCCGUUGGCAUCGCAAAACUUGGAGGUUCUUCAGCUUUCAUAGGCAAGGUCGGUGAUGAUGAAUUUGGAUACAUGCUAGCUAAAAUUUUAAAAGAUAACAAUGUCAAUAACUCUGGUGUGCGAUUUGAUCCAACUGCAAGAACUGCAUUGGCGUUUGUUACACUCAGAGCCGAUGGAGAGCGUGAGUUUUUAUUUUUCCGAAACCCAAGUGCUGACAUGCUUUUUCGUGAAGAAGAACUUGAUGUUGCUCUUAUUAAAAAGGCAGGGAUCUUUCACUAUGGCUCCAUUAGUUUGAUUGAGGAACCGUCCAGGUCAACUCAUCUUGCUGCCAUGGGCAUUGCGAAAAAAGCUGGUUGCUUCCUCUCAUAUGAUCCAAAUUUGAGAUUAGCUUUGUGGCCCUCACCUGAGGCAGCUAGAGAAGGCAUAAUGAGUAUAUGGGACCAGGCUGAUCUUAUUAAGAUAAGUGAGGAUGAAAUUACAUUUCUUACUGGUGGUGAUGAUCCUUAUUCUGAUGAAGUGGUGUUAACAAAGCUUUUUCAUCCUAAGCUUAAGCUUUUGAUUGUAACUGAAGGGUCGGCGGGUUGCAGAUAUUACACAAAGGAGUUCAAGGGCCGGGUUCCUGGCGUUAAAGUUAAAGCUGUUGACACAACUGGUGCUGGUGAUGCUUUCGUCAGUGGGGUACUAAACAGCAUAGCUUCUGACCAAAGUGUUUGUCAGGAUGAAAAGCGACUGCGAGAAGCUCUACUUUUUGCAAACGCUUGCGGUGGCCUCACAGUUACAGAAAGAGGCGCCAUUCCAGCAAUGCCCUCAAAAGAUGAUGUGCUCCAAUUCUUAUCAAAUCAAGAGUAGGGAGCUGCUUGAUUAUAUAAAAGUUAAUGAAGCAGAGAAGAGACUAGAGUAAGUCAUAAAACAUGUACCAAACUAUUAUGUAAUCUGAGUUGUCGUUGAUGAGCUAAAUCAAAUGGCAUAAGCUCAUUUUAACUAGGUGUUUUGUAUAUUUUUAAACCAUUUUCUCGAUGAGUUUUUCUUUUUUCUUUUUUUUUUCUUUCUCCUUUGUUUAAAUUCAGUCAUGGUAUUAUAUAAUUGGUUGGUGGAAGGAAACUCUCCACUCCCCAUCUUACAAAUAAAUAAAUAAAUAAAAUACAUUUCCUUUUCUCUAA